GACAGGCGUGCAAGUCCUUCACAUAUGACAAAACAACAGAGGCGUGUCACCUGAGUUCUUUUCUCAUUAGUGACGAAUCCGGAGUGUGGUAUUGUGCUCCAUUUUCACAACAACCAACCUCUUCGUCCUGCUCCGCCUAUUUUCGAUAUUAUCGAGGUGUUUGUAUCGCGACCAUUAACAAAUCCGAAGACUCAACAUACGAACAAAUGAAUGGAGUAUGUAAUCAGAUUAAUGGACAGCUUUACCAAAUUGAGGACAUGCUAUUACUAUCUACCACGAAAAGGAAUAUUCUCCAAACCUAUGUGACCAAUUUUCUCAAGAAUGGGCACUACGUCAUACAGGGUAGAUUGGUCAUCUGUGUGCCGCCCUUAAAAUGUUGGAGAAAUGAAGAUGGUACAGUGGCUGUUCCCUUAACCUUCUUCCCUCCCCCCGAUAACGUACUGGCUAUUGAUGCCCGUACAGGUGAUGUCGAUAGCAAUGGCAUUGAUGUAAAAAGUACACGAGGAUUUAUUUGCGAGGAGGUAGAUAUUGAUGACUGACACUCUUCAUGGCGAUGUGUAAAAUUGUGAAACGACCAAUUGACGUGGCUGCCGCUAUUGUUUAAAACUGGCAUGAAUAAAUAAAUACAGUGGAA